AUGCCUGAGGCGAGACUGCCUAGCUAUAGAGAUGACGGGAGCCUAUGGCAAACGAGGACUGUUCGGCGGAAGCCAUUGUCACAUCAAUUGGCAGCCUUAUGGGAGUCUUACAGGAGUGCCAGUAAAGGGGAAUUACCGGGAAUAACCCGCCGCGGUGUCAGAAACAAAUUCUGUUGUAACAGAAGAAAAUUGGCGAUGACAUGCGAUGAACAACGCAAAACCCUCAACCUGUCAUCCCAAGCCGAUGUAUUCAUAUCUGAGUCACUCACUCCAUUCAAGAAAAAGGUCUUCGGUGAUGUCAACAAAGUGAAAAAGAAACUUAAAUGGAAGUCAAUUGAUUUGGACAUAUAA